AUGGACAGCAUCACCGCCAUCAUUGCCGCGAGCUGGCAGCACCCCUUCACGACCGCAGGGCUCGCCGUCAUCCUCGCUCUCGUGAGCGUACCUGUCUACCUCGCCGCCUGCUGCUUCGUGCGGCCCCUCGUCUCGAGCCUGCGCGACCUCCCCGGCCCGACGAGCGACCACCUCGUCUUUGGCAACCUCGCGCGCAUCUUUGGCGGCGCACCGGGCGAGGCGCACAUUGCGUGGCAGAAGGAGCACGGCGACGCCGUCAAGUUCAGGGCCUUCUUCGGUAAAGAGCGCCUCCUCCUGUUCGACCCGGCAGCGCUCAAUCAUGUGCUCGUCACGCACGCGUACGAGUACCCGCGUCCCGAGGAGGCGCGCUCGGCGCUCGCUAUGAUCUUGGGCAAGGGCAUCCUCUUUGUCGACGGUGACGACCACCGCCGGCACCGCCGCGUCAUGAACCCGGCUUUCGCGCCGGCCCACAUGCGCAACCUCGUCCCCGUCUUCUUCAAGCACGCCAACCACCUCCGCGACAUCCUCGCCGAGCUCGUGCGCACGAGCGUGAGCGACCGCUCGGCGUGGAAGGACGAGGCGCAGCGGCAGAAGUACGAGAAGAGCCGGGAGGAGGAGGAAGACGAGGAGACGGUGCAGGACGUCAUGGAGUGGAUGAACCGGGUCACGCUCGACAUCAUCGGCGAGGCCGGCUUCGGCUACGAGUUCAACUCGCUCUCGCUGCAGCACAACGCAUUUGGGCGCGUCUUCUCGUCCAUGUUCUCGCCUCGCGCCUCGGCCAUCAAGCCUGGUCCUCGCGCCGUCCUCGUGCAGCGCUUCAUCGCCGGCGUCAUGCGCCACGUGCCGCUCAUGUCGCUCGCCGACUGGAUCCCGAACGCGAGCAUGCGCCAGUUCCGCGACGCGUUCAGGUUCGUCGAGACGGAGAGCAUGAAGAUCCUCCAGGCCAAGAAGGGCGAGGUCGAGAAGGACGGGCUCGACUCGGUGGCGGGCAAGAAGGACCUCAUCGCGCUUCUUCUCAAGUCGGUGCAGAGCGAGGGCAAGGCGAGCAUGAACGACCAGGAGCUGCGCGGCCAACUCACGACUAUGCUCAUCGCCGGCCACGAGACGACGAGUACCGCCCUCACCUGGACCCUGUGGAUGCUCGCCAAGGCGCCCGAGGUGCAGGCCAAGCUCCGCCGCGAGGUCCGCAAGGCGCGCGCCGAGAGCUCGAGCGAGGGUCUCGACGACCUCGACAGCCGUGUGCUCGACUCGUUGCCGUACCUAGACGCCGUCACGCGCGAGUGCAUCCGCCUCGAGCCUCCCGUCACCUCGACGAUCCGCCAAGCCGCCCACGACGACUUUAUCCCGCUCUCGAAGCCGAUUCCGUCGCGCUGGGACCCUCGCCGCACCAUCUCGUCCAUCCCGGUCAAGAAGGGCCAGUUCAUCUUUGUCCCGAUCCGCGCCGUCGGCCUCUCGAGGGACGUCUUUGGCGACGAUGCCCACGAGUUUCGCCCCGAGCGGUGGGUCGAGAGCGACGAGGGGACGGGCAGGAAGAUCGAGGGCGGCGUCGGGCUCACGGGCAACAACCUGUCGUUCCUCGCCGGGCCCAUGGGCUGCAUCGGGUACAAGUUCGCCAUCCUCGAGUUCAAGGCCAUCCUCGCCGUCCUGAUCGACGCGUUCGACUUUGGCCUGCGCGACGAGGACAUGCGGGUCGAGGGCCGCGCCGUCAUGAUCACGCGGCCGCUCAUCGUCGGCGAGGAGAACCGCGGGAACCGCUUGCCACUGCGCAUCCGGGUGGCGCCGAGGAGGGAGGAGGACGAGUAGAGCCGUGUCUGCAACGCUCGAGCCCUGUAUCUGCGACUCUC